AUGAAGAUUUCAUUAUUAUUAUUAAUAGCUGUUUGCAGCGCGUCCUUCUGGACGCGCGGUCUGAGCAACGUAAGAUAUCAUAGAAGCGUCCUAUUCUUGAAAAUCCCGUUAGCUUGCCGUCGAGCAAAGGUCAAGUUCGUAGAAAAACCAUGUGUUUGUGAUAAAAAAUCAGACAUCCAAGGAAGUGUUAGCCCUCAUACGUCGCUUAAGAAACGCUUUUGCAAGCGUUCCCGCCAAGGCUCAGGCCGCGACUCGAGUGAAAACUGCGAACAAGUGGAAAUUUCAUCAUGA